AUCAUCACCAUUUACCACCCUCUCCUGCACGUAUCUAGCUCGACUCGCUCUUUUCUCGAGCUUCCGCUGUCUUUUCAGUGCACUUGCCCACACGCCAACUCGUCUGGGCACCGCUCUUUACUUUGAGCCUCUGUUCAAAUCACAUUCCCAGUUAUACCAGUUUCACGACACGAUGCGAUUCUCAUCAUUCCUUACGGCCACGUCGCUCUCUUCGGCCGCCCUCUUCGGUUCCGCCGCUGCCCAGCGUACUACUGAGCAGCAGGAGGCUCAGAUCACCAACCAAACCGAGGAGUGCACUCCAUAUUACUACGAGCCCGCCGCAUCCCAAAUCUACAACUUCCCCACCAUCUGGGAGCCCGCCUCAAUCCUGAGCAACGACACGGAUGCCCAAGCCAAGUACCAGAGCAUCCAGAGCGCUAUUCCCAACAUUCAGCCCAAGGGCACCCAGCCCGCCUCGCUCAUGGGCAACUUCACUGGCUACACGUACUCCCCUAGCGACCCUGACUGCUGGUGGACGUACGACAAGUGCACCACGCCCAAGAACUCGAGUCUGCCUCCGGAUUUGACCGGAGCGCCAGAGCCGGACACUCUGGGCUUCGGUUUCGAUGACGGGCCGAACUGCUCGCAUAACGCGUUCUAUGACUACCUCGAGGCCAAUAACCAGAAAGCUACGAUGUUCUACAUUGGAUCAAACGUCAUGGACUGGCCUCUCGAGGCUCAGCGCGCUAUUACUGAUGGUCACGAAAUCUGCGUUCACACCUGGUCUCACCGUUACAUGACUUCCUUGACGAACGAGCAGGUCUUUGCCGAGUUCUACUACACCAUGAAGGCCAUCAAGCUCGUCGUCGGCGUUACCCCCACUUGUUGGAGACCUCCCUUCGGCGACAUGGACGACCGUGUCCGUGCCAUUGCACACGCCAUGGGCCUGAAAACCAUCGUCUGGCAGUACGACUCGAACGACUGGCAGGUCGCCGCAGGCGACGCGACCGUGCAGCAAGUCGACCAGAACUACCAGAACCUCAUCAACAGGGCCAAGAACGGCACGUUCGCCACCAACGGCACGAUCAUGCUCACGCACGAGCUCAACAACUUCACCAUGUCGGAGAUGAUGACGUACUACGACCAGCUCAAGGCCGCGUUCAAGUACCUCGUCCCGAUGCUCGUAUCCAUCAAUCAGACGCAGCCAUACGUGGAGACCAACUAUUCGGCACCUACGUUUGAGCAGUACAUCAGCGGCACCCUGACCACCUCCGGCGCUCCCCCUAACCCGACUACCCUCCCCGGUCUCGCACCCGCGUCGACCAGCGGUGCCUCUGGCAGCUCCGGCACGUCAUCGGGAGGCAAGAACGGCGCGAUGGGGAGUAUGUCCUCCAGCGUGGGCGCGUGGGCCGCGACGGCCGUGCUCAUGGGCAGCGUCGCGCGGAUGAUGCUCUGAAUCUGAAUAAAUUAAAACAUUUGGUUUUCUUGCUCACUUGUUCUGCUCAACAUGGACUGGUUUAACCUCGCGUUACUGGCUUCGCUAAUUAUAAUUCCGUGUGUAUUCGCUGCUUUCUUUGGAUGGAGGUUAUAUACCGUGGUGUUGGCGUCCCAAUACCACUUUGUUGUGCAAAUUGAAUGUUUCCAUGGCCACAGGUGGCCGUACUUUUAGACUGCU